AUGGAACUAGAUCUAAUAUUCCAUCUGGUCGCAUCGACAACAGCAACGCUUUGUUCUGUGGCAAGCCUUGCAUUCUGGCUCUUGUAUACGGAGGCAUUAAGCCAGGGAAAGCGGAACAAGAAACAACUCAUUUACAGCCAGAUCAUGAUAGGUGGCAUUAUUAUUCUUGGCUCAGUUGCAUCCAUGCUGCUCGCAUUGAAAAGAACAACCGCAGAUAAUGUGCUAGAUCUAUUACGUUCAAUAUCUGCCGUGGAGGUCGGCGUCGUGCUACUUUUGCUCAUUUUGAACGAGUCAUUCUUGACUCACAUGAUCGCGGCCUUAUUCUUCGUUGCCGGCAAGUCUGAACUGGAUCUUACAUGGAAGGUCUCUUACUAA